AUGUCAAAUCCCAAAUAUCCACAAUCCAAUGGAAUGGCAGAAUGUACCGUGCAGGCCUUAAAACACCAGUUGAAGAAGGCAAAGGUGGACAGAAGAGACCACCUACCUGUCUCUGCUGGAUUUCAGGAAUACUCUAUUUUCAAGCUUAUUCACUUAUCUUGUCUCUUUCCACAGAUCAUCUUUUAUGAGGACAGGAACUUCCAGGGCCGGCACUAUGAGUGCAGUAGUGACUGUGCUGACCUGUCCGCUUACUUCAGACGCUGUAACUCCAUCCGUGUUGCGGAUGACUGGUGGGUGGUGUAUGAGAGACCCAAUUACAUGGGAUAUCAGUAUGUUCUGAACAGGGGAGAAUAUCCUGACUACCAGCGCUGGAUGGGAUUCAAUGACAGCAUCGGAUCAUGUCGCUCCUACCCAUAUUACCGAGGUGGAAACUACAGAAUGAGGAUUUAUGAGAGACCUGACUUUGGAGGACAGAUGAUGGAAUUCAUGGAUGAUUGUCCAUCUGUCUAUAAUCGUUUCCAUUAUCAUGACAUCCACUCCUGCCACGUGAUGGACGGUUACUGGAUCUUCUAUGAACAUCCCAACUACAGAGGCCGACAGUACUUCCUGAGACCAGGUGAAUACAGGAGAUACAGUGACUGGGGCGGCUACAACUCCACUAUCGGAUCUUUCAGGCGCAUGAGAGAUUUCUAG